GAUAUGAGAGCGAGUUUAUCCCUCUUUCCUUCGCUAUGAAAAAUAUUUGGACGAACUAGACCAACGGCUACAAGUCCGGAGAUAAUCGCCCGAUGAUGCUGUUGUUUCAUGUCGUUUGUUGAGAGAACUCUGCGGCGUCGGUGCGAUUUGCCAGCUCGGGAUUAACCUGGUGGCCGCGACCAGCUCCUGGAUAACUUUGGACAAGUUCUUUGUAGUCCGGAGAAGCGGGGAGCUUUGGCCAACAGGCUGAACAUGGACUGGGGCACGGAACUUUGGGACCAGUAUGACAUCAUCGAGAAGCACACACAGUCUGGUCUGGAGCUGGUGGAGAAGUAUGUGAAAUUUGUGAAGGAGAGAACAGAGAUUGAGCAGAACUAUGCCAAACAACUGAGGAACCUUUCUAAGAAAUAUAAUUCGAAACGGAGCAGCAAAGAUGAACCAGACUGCCGGCUCUCCAGCUACCAGUCCUUUUUGGACAUUCUGAAUGAAAUGAACGACUUUGCGGGCCAGAGGGAGCUGAUUGCCGAGAACAUGAUGAUGAACAUUUGCAUCGACCUCACCAAGUACCUGCAGGAGCUCAAGCAGGAGCGAAAGUUGUAUUUGAUGGAGGCCAAGAAGGCCCAGCAGAGUUUGGAGAGCACCUACAAGCAGCUCGACAGUAGUAAAAAGCGCUUUGAGAGAGAGUGGCGAGAAGCGGAGCGAGCAGCGCAGUACGCCGACAAGACGGAUCAGGACAUAAACGCAACAAAGGCCGACGUUGAAAAAGCGAAACAACAGGCCCAUAUGAGAGCACACAUCGCUGAGGAGUGCAAGAAUGACUACGCCGCGCAGCUUCAGAAGUUCAACAAGGAGCAGAACCAGUUUUAUUUUAGUGACAUGCCGCAGAUUUUUAAUAAAUUGCAGGAUCUGGAUGAGAAGCGGGUGCGGAAGCUGGCUCAAGGCUACGUCUUGUUCUCCGACACAGAAAAACAUGUGAUGCCCAUCAUCGGCAAGUGCCUGGAGGGCAUCACGAAAGCCGGCACCAACGUUAAUGAGAAAAACGACUCCAUGGUUCUGAUUGAGCAGAACAAGUCGGGCUUUGAGCGACCCGGAGAUCUGGAGUUCGAGGACUACAGCCAGGGCAUCAACAGGACCUCCUCGGACAGCAGCCUGGGGACACCCAAGGGUCCGAUGGACCUUCUGGGAAAGAACAGAAGCAAAAACUUUUGGCUGUUUAGCAAAAAAAGCAAGCUCUCUUCCUCCACGCUCCCACCUUUCUCGAACCCUCCCGCCCCAUCGCCUGCUAACGGACCCCCGUCCCCCAAGUUCGGCCGGGACCCCCUGUCGUACUGUUUGAAGGAGAUCAAUAAGACAGUCAAACCCAGAAUCUCGUCCUUCCGGACACUCAGAAGAUCGCCCAUGGUGACCGAGGACUUCGGCCAUCUCCCACCAGAGCAACGUCGGAAAAGGUUACAGCAGAAACUUGAGGAAAUCUGCAAGGAGCUACAGAAGGAAGUGGACCAGAGCGAGGCCUUGGGGAAGAUGAAAGAUGUUUACGAGAAGAAUCCUCAAAUGGGGGACCCAGCCAGUCUGGCAUCCCAAAUCAGCCAGACAUCCCAGAAUAUAGAGCGACUCAGGGGAGAGCUCAGCAAGUAUGAGACGUGGCUUGCUGAGGCUGGAGGUCGAGGAGAGAUGCUGCGUUACAAGGCCCACACCUUUAACAACAACGGAGCCCACGACCUUCACAGCCCUGAUGGGGCUCACUCCGAUGAAAGCACCCCGGACGCCUCUCAGGCCAUCUACGCUGAGUUUGAUGACGACUUCGAGGAUGAGGAGCUGACGCUGCCCAUCGGCAACUGCACGGCCAUGUAUAACUUUCCAGGUGCCAGUGAAGGCACCAUCUCGAUGCAGGAGGGAGAAGUUCUGGCCGUGGUGGAGGAGGAUAAAGGGGAUGGCUGGACGCGGGUGCGGAGGAACAACGGCGAUGAAGGCUACAUCCCCACCUCCUACGUCACCAUCUCGCUCAACAAAUGACGCAAACGGACGUCACACAGUCGGGGGACCAAACACUCACGAGCACUACUGGCGGGACCACUGGUGUGUCCACAGGGAGGUCCACACACGGUGCUGAGCGAGAAUGGCGGGAGGCGUGUCGCGCACUGCUGCAGUCAAAGCGGAACCACAGAGAGCAUUUCAUUCUGUCGCCAUUUCAUCUUGUCCGUCUGCGUGGCAGCCAAACCGGGACUGGAGGUGUGUGAAGGUGCUGCUAAGGAAUGUUUGGACCACUAGCCGAUCCGCCCCCUCCUCCUUGCCCCCAUUUUCUCUCCUUAAUGCCUCACUUUUGUAGAUUGAAUUGCACUUGCAUGGGGUCAUGGUGGAUUUGGGGAGGCAAUCAAAAACACAGACAAUCAAACGCCAUAUUUCACAGCAGUAAACAGCCGCGGCUCCUGCCGUCUGUUCCAGUAACUUAUUGACAGUUUCUCAAAAGUUGAACUUUUGCAGCGAUGCACACGUAGGUUGUAGCCUAAAAGGGAGAAACUAAGAUGCUCACAAGUGUUUUAGCUGUAACAACACCACUGUUGUCUUAUUAGCCUUUUUUAACCUUUAAAAAUAAAACAAUAGAAAAUUAAAAUGAUGUCAGAAAUACUCAUCUGUUUCGGUAUUUACCAGAUCCACAACCUUGUUUUAGAACAGGAAGACUCACUCGUCUCAGUGCCUUUCUGGUUUCAAACUUUGUGUGUAUAUACCAUUUUUACAUUUAAGAUAUUUUGUUUUGCAAAAGUAAAUAAACCUGGAGCACA